UCAGUAUAUGGCAAUCAGCAACAUGCAGAUGUCAACUGUCAGCAAAGUGAAAUUGUCAAAAUACCAAAGAGAGAGACUAACUAUUGAUAUUGACGGCUUUUUGUAGUUGUUUUUAAUUUGAGAGCACAAUUACUUCGGCGUAUCAUAAAUGCAUUUACAAUUUUGGCCAAUGGUGGUGAAUCUAUGUAACUACGCCGCAUAACAAAAAUGUCUUUAUUCCCGGCUUACGCUCAAACUUCAAACAUUACUCAAACUGAUAGUGAAGGUGACUUAAUACCUAUUCUUUUUAUUAUGGAUGUUGUGAUAACGAUUGAAAAAUAUGAGAUAAGUGGCGAGUGGCUGGCUGAGGCACAGCUGCUGGCGAGCGACACAGACGAGGAGCGCGAGGCGUGCCGGCCACGCGCCGCCACCUCACCGCCCGAACACCAUCAGCACUUCUAUGUUGAUCGCAAGUUAGAUGUCGCCAACUUGCGGGUCUCUACGCUUUAUUACCCUGGAAGACCACAGUACGAGGCGCCGGCCCCGCACGCGGCGCUGGGCGCGCCCGCCCGCUCGCCGCGCCGCGCCGCCGCCGCGCGCCGCUACUACGCCGCGCCCGCGCCGCCGCCCGCGCCGCCGCACCACGAGCUGGCGCAGCGCACGCGCGCCUUCCGCGACCUGCUCGCCGCCGCUCCCCACGACGAGGAAACGUGGCUGCACUUCAUUGACUUCCAAGAGUGCACGCGAGAUCCCGACGCCGCGCUGGCGGCGGCCACCGAGGCCGCGGCUGUGCUGGGCUCGUCGCGGCGCGUGCGGGCCGCGCUGCACCGCGCGCGCGGGCUGGCGCUGUCGCCGCACCGCCGCCUGGAGCUGCUGCGCGGGGAGCUGGCGGCGGCGGGCGGCGACGGCGCGCUGCUGACGGAGCUGUGGCUGCGCGUGCUGGCGUGCGCGGCGGAGGCGGGCGGCGAGGGGCUGGAGGCGGCGGCGGCGGCGGCGCUGGCGGGCACGCGCGGCCACGCGGCGGCGUACCCGCACGUGCUGUACGCGUACGGCGCGUACCUGCGCGCGGCGGGCCACUGGGAGCGGCUGGUGCUGCUGCUGGAGCUGGUGGCCAGCAUGAACUUCCCGCCCGCCGCCUUCCCGCCGCCUCCUGACCCCGACCGGGAACUCGAACAGGAGCGCCGUUUAACUGAGCUCGAGGACAAGGCGCUGAGCAGCGCGCUGCCGCUGAGCACGGUGUGGGUGCGCGUCGAGCGGGCCCGCGCCGCCGCGCACUGGCGCCCCGCGCAGCCGCCCGGGGCCCCGCCGCCCGGGACCCUGCCGCCCGGGGCCCCGCCGCCUGCCCUGCCGCCCGCCGACCCCGAGCGCACGCCGGCGCCGGCCGACGUGGCGGAGCUGCUGCGCGCCGCCGCGCCGCAAGCCGCCGACCUGCUGCUGGUGCAGAUGCUGCGCCUCGCCAAGGUGCCGCUGCUGCCGGCGGCGCAGUUCUCGCUGGAGCGCGUGCACGCGGAGGGCGGCGCGCUGGGCGACGCGGCGGAGGCGGGCGGCGCGGAGGCGCUGCUGUCGCUGCUCCGCGCCGCGCGCCGCCUGCCGCCCGCGCACCCCGCGCGCCAGCCCGGCGCCGCCGCGCUGCUGGCGCUGCUGGCGGACCCGCCGCACUACUUCUCCGACGACGCGGGCUACCUGCGCUGGGUGUCGGCGCUGUGGGACGCCGCCUGCGGCUGGGCGGCGCCGGGCGACGCGCGCGCCGCGCUGCUGUGCUGGCGUCUGCGCUGGCUGCACUCGCUGCAGCUGCUGCUCGAUAUGGAGGAGGAGGCGGGCCGCAGCGAGGCGCGACGCAUCCGACAGCACGCGCGCGCUGCACUCAAGCGCUUCGGCGACGACCAUCCGCUGCCGUACGCACAGCUCGCCCGCCUGCUGCACGCCGCCGGCGACGCGCCGCAGGCCCGCGCCGCCGCCGCCCGCGCCGCCAGCGCCGCGCUGCGCCGCCCGCUCGCGCACCAGCGCCUCUACGUCGCCAGGGUGAUGGGCGAGGUGAGCGACGACGACGCGCUCGGCGACUGGGCGUGCGUGUGCGCCGCGCUCGCGCGCCCGCUGCCGCCCGACGCCGCGCGCCCGCCGCCGCCCGAGCUGCGCGCGGCCGCGCUGGCGGCGUGCGAGGCGGAGUGCGCGCGCCUGGAGCACGCGGCGCCGGGCGACGCGGGCGUGCUGGGCGUUGCUGCCCGCGCCGGCCGAGUGGGCGGCGCGCGCGCGGCUGGCGGGCGGCGCGCGGCGCGAGGCGCUGCUGGCGCGCGCGCUGGCGGCGGCGCGCGGCGCGGAGGGCGAGGCGGCUCGCUACUGGGAGCACAGCGCCUGCGCGCUGGUGGCGGCGGCGGCGCGCGACCAGCGCCUCGCGCAGUGCGCGCGCGCCGCGGCGCCGCUCUUCCCCCACAAUGCCUUCCUCGCAUUAGCGUGCGGCGGGGCGCCGCUGUGGGCGUGGCGCGGCGGCGCGACGCAGCUGGAGCGGCUGCGCGGCGCCACGCUCGCGUCGCGCUCGCACCGCGCCGCGCUGGCGCACGCGCUGCCGGCGCUGCUGCGGCGCGGCGGCGCGCUGGGCGGCGCGGCGGCGCGCUGCUGGCGGCGGCGCGCCUGGAGGCGGAGGCGCGCGCGCAGUGCCCGCGCACGCAGCGCGCGCUGCACGCGGCGCUGGACCGCCUGCCGCAGCACAAGUGGCUGGCGGUGCGCGGCGCGGCGUGGCUGGGCGCGGAGGCGGCGGCGCUGGCCGACGUGCUGCUGGAGCGGCGCCUGCGCCUGCACGCGCUGCUGGACGAGCUGGCGCCGCUCGAGCCGGCGCAGCUGCACGAGCCGCACUCCUUAUGAUCUACCACAAUAAAAUGUUUACCACAGAAAACGGUCUUUUCAUCAACUUGAAUUUAGAACAUCGUGUGCAAUAAUACUCCAUUUGUAACAAUCUUGAUAAGACUUUUCAAACAAAUACAUAUUAAACAAAUAAAAUACUACUUAAAAUAAUUAUUCAAUUAUAUAAUUAAGUAAUUUUUAUUAUUGUUUUUACAUAGAUUUGUAACCUCGUUUCAUUUCAUAACUCCACUAAGAGAGGCGCUAGUCUAUCGCCCGCAGGCCGAUUGAGGCCUAAUAAAUGUGGAAUUAAGUAUAGGUAUUUUUAGCGCGCAUUUAAGUAGAAAGCUUGUUUUUAAAAAGGUUUUUAAAAACAAGCUAAGCAAGUUUUUAAAAACCUACUUAUUUUGAUUUAGGUAUGUUCUUAUUCCUUCAUUCCAAAUUCUUGGAUGUGUCCAUUUUGAAAGAACCCAUUAAAAAUAAUCGCUUAAAAAAAGUUAGGUUUAAUAAAAAAUCAGCUCAAUCGGUUAAAGAUAUUUGGUUCAAAAUUGAGUUGAAUAUAGGGCGUAAGAAGGAACAUGGUGGGUUUUAGUCAGUAGACUUCCUUAUCCUAUACCCAUAGCGGAAUUCACUCAUUUGAUGAUAUACC